AUGAAGGUCUCAACUCUUGUCACGACUGCGUUGGCGGGCGCCACCUUCGCAGCCGCUUCCGUUUCCCUUCCAAGUGGAUGGUUCACAGUUCCACCGGACGAGAAGAUCAAGACAUCCAAGUUCAAAGGGGAGACCCGAUACCUUACGUGGAUGGCCGAUUCCCAGAUCAAGCACGGCGUUGAACCCACCUUCGCCUAUACCGUUUCAGCAUACUACUCCGGCAUUCUUCUGGCAUACAACCGAACCGGCGAUGAGAAGUACUACAACUAUGUCAAGCACUAUGCAGAUGUCAUUCUAUAUCCGGCAUGGAAUGGAGAGAUCCUUCUGUAUAACAACAGCAACUCCAUUGACGACAUUCGUUUCGGCCACACGUUCCUCGACUUGUACAAGUUCACUGGGAACGAGAUAUACAAGAUAGCUGCUCAGACUCUUCGCAACCAGAUCGAUCGCACUGGUCGCACGCCCACCGGAGGAUUCUACCAUAGGUACCCCGUUUACAUCGAUCAGAUGUGGCUGGAUGGCAUCUACAUGUUAGAUGUGUACUAUGCUCGCUGGACCCAUGAAUUUGAUGCCGAUAAUUCCACAGCCUGGGACGACAUUGCCCUUCAGUACGACCUCAUUGACGCCGGAACCAUCUCCGAGCGUGAGCGCACCAAUGGUCUCCCGCUUCAUGGUUUUGAUUGGAGCAAGAAGGCUAUCUGGGCUGACCCCGAGACCGGUGCCUCCCCGCAUGUGUGGGGUCGUGCAGUCGGUUGGUACAUCAUGGCCCUGGUUGAUACCCUGGAACUCUUCCCAGAGAACCAUGCAGGUCGUGAGCGCUUGCUGAAGUACCUGCAGUCCGUCGCCGAUGCCAUUGUCGCAGCGCAGGACAAGAAGACCAAGGGAUGGUGGCUGGUUAUGACUCCCGGCACUGAGGGCCAGUGGGGCAACUACAUCGAGAGCUCAGGCUCUUCCAUGUUCGUCUAUGGCUUGCUUAAGAGUGUGCGUCUCGGUUACAUCACAGGGGACAAAUAUCUGAAAGCUGCUCUGGAUGGUUACAAGCUCAUGACGGACACGUUUGCCGAGGUCCGCAAGAACGACAAUGCCCUUCUAUACGAGUGGACUGUCCAGACUGGUAGUCUGAGCUCGAACGGCACAUUCGAGGUGAGAAAGCUCUCUUUCUAA